GCCUGCAUCCCCUUCGGCGGGCAGGACUCUUGGGUCACCCCCUUUGAGGUUCUCACGUACGCUGGCAUAUUUAGGCGCUAGCUCUGCAUCCCACUGGGACCGCCGUUAGCCGUUGCUGCCUCGCCACGGCGUCAUGCUCCUUGCAUCUUCGCAAAAAUGGGAUCUGAAUCCCAGGACACUUCCGACCUCUCCGACAUUGUCCUCAGCUCUGCGUGACCAGCAUCCCUCGCUUUACCCUCCUAUUUGCCGUUGGUGGCUGGCCCAAUGCCCCUGUCGAUCACCCUCGCGUCGGUUCCCUAUGGACUCCAAGCAUAGCAUAAUUACCCCGACUGGCCCGCAAUACCUCGUCGAACCGACGGGCCUGCCCUGGUGUCUCAGCGCCACCGCAAAAUGUAUCAUAGUUGUAGGUGAAGAGAUGUACUCUCUAGGUCUCUUGGUCUGUGCGAGCGGGUCCGUAUGGGUCAUCCUCGGGUGCGCCGACGGCCAUUCACGUCCGUCGUUUGCCAAGACUGGAAUCAGACAGCUACUCCUUGCUUCUGGAAUGCAGCAUCUUCCACCCCCUCCGAAGAAAGCGGACAGACCAAAGCUUUUACGGGAGCUCCGAUUGCUUCUAGACAGGCUGGGGCAGCUUGCCAACUCCUGGCCAUGCAGGGGCGGCAAGCGGGAAGGAGGGUGGCGCAAUGUGAAACUGUGGCGAGGUUAACGUCAUUAAGCAUACCCUGGCGUCUCCGGCCGAAGUGAGGGUUGGCAUUCGCGCUGCAUCCGUAAAUCACUG